CAUCUUCCGGGUCCAAUACUCGGUUGUUUGACCUCUCUGGUUCCAUCUAGUUGCUAUCCGGACACUUAUAACCCACCAGCCAUGUUGUCACGAGUAAAAAGACUUCCUGUCAGAAGAUUUCCUAGUCGUUUCCUGAUAUCCACCUCCAGAAGGCUUCUAAGCAAUGCCAAGUCGGAUGACCUUUCUAAACAGCCAGCACUGAACCAAUUCCAGGCAGAGUCAUCCAAGCAGGCAUCGAAGUUGCCAGAACCUGCGAUGAAGACGCCCCCAAGUACAGCGGUUCCGCCAGUAUUUUUCCAAUCCGAUAUUCCUCCCCAGACAUACUCCUCUGUCCUUGCACCUCAAACUACCGGUCCUCAAAACAACCAGCCAAACGAAUCUGAAAAGGUUGUUAAGCAGUUCAGAAGCGAAAUGAACAAGCUAUUGGUUUUUAUAGGGGUUGCCUUAUCAUUUACAGGUUAUGAUAUCUACAAACGUUUAUUUGCAGAAAACACAGAGUAUGUUUCCGAAGAGACUUUGGCACACAUUGAAAAGGCUAUAGAGGCAGAAACGAAUAACAGAAUAGACGAUGCUAUCAGCCACUACAUUGACGCAUUGAAGCAAUUGGACUCUGAGGAGUUGGAGCAUAUCAGCCCGUGCUAUACCUCAUGUUCCGUAAGAAUUGCAGAAUUGUUCGAACAUGAGAAAAAAUUUGAUAAGGCUUUGCUGAUCUACAAAGAGUUGUCAAAUUCUUAUCUGAAUGCAUUCACACAUAGAGAAGAUUUUGACGCUUUGAGUGACGACAGCUCUUACGAUUUCGCAAUUUUGAGAUCCUUGACCAUCGCAAUUAGGUAUGCAUAUCUCUUGCCGGCUAAAGAUGUCGACCUUGCCAGAGAGACGUUGAUGUUUCACAUUGUUGAAGCACAGAAGAGAGUCAUUGAAGCAUAUCCGCCAUUUCUUUCAGUCUUAAAUGACAUCAACAACAGAAAUGUUCUUGACUUAAUUACCGCUGACUUGGAAAAAACUAUUGCACACUUACCAGAGUCUGAACAAGAAAAGAUCAUAAAACAACAAGCUAAAACUCCAAUUGAAUUACCUCUUUUCACUACAGAGCAAACACCAGAAAAUAAAAUAUUGGGCCUACACGUAAAGGCAUGGCCUGUAUUUACUAGAGUUUUGAUAAAUGCUAAAGAUUUGUAUGCUAAUUUGAGCAUUGAAGCUAACGACCUAAGUGCUGCAAUCUCCAACUUGACCAGUAACUCAAUAAUAAUACAAAGAUGCUUUGACCAUCCUUCAAGGCUAACCUUAACAUUGACCAAACUAGGUGUUGCAUUACAAAUGACCUACCAGACCAUAAGCAGAGAUUUCCCAAAAGGUAAGGAAAUAGAGAUUAUUCAGGAUAGUGAGCCAGUGAAGGUAAACUUGUCUUCUCCAGAGUUGAAGGAUUUUGUUUUAAACACAACCGUUUCAGAAUCAAAGAGAAUAUUUUUAAAGGUUUUAGUUUUGUGUGACACUAUGAAAAAGCAGGAGAAAAUAAUCAAGGCAAAUCAUUUGGGCCAGGAUAUUGGGCAAUGGGAGGCUAUGUUUAAGCCAGCUUUGGAUAAAUCAGAAAUGGUUUCUGCCGCAUCGCUGGGAAUGAUUAGCUACCAAAGUGGUUUUGCCACUGACGCUUUGAAGUACUUUAAAAGGGCAAAAGUUUUGGCAUUCAGACUCAACGAUAAAGAUUACAUAGACGAUAUCAACGAAUGGAUCAAACUAAUUGAAAAUUGAGAAGGUAUGUAAUAACAAAAGCACCCCUUGUAUAUAACUUAUAUUCGAUAAUAUUUGUAAUUUACAUUUACUGAUAAUAAUAUUGUACAGAAAGAAAGAAAGAAAAAUGAAGAAAAGAAAAGAAAGGAAAAGAAAAGGAAGGAAAGGAAGG